UCCUGUGCGGUUGAAAGUCAGCAGCAUCAUCGCCACUCCUCCCAGUAGGAAGGGCGCAUCCCGGAUAGCUAGCUGGCUAGCUGUACUCAGCGCAACGAUGGCAGUUAACCUCAGCAAAAAUGGCCCUGCAUUAACAGCUGCAUUCAAAGAAGUGGUAGAUGAAAAAUCAAGUACCAACUGGGCCUUGUUCACCUAUGAGGGAAACAGUAAUGAUAUCCGUCUGGCAGAAAAAGGGGAUGGAGGACUGGAGGAGUUGGUUGAGGAAUUGAACAGUGGAAAAGUGAUGUAUGCUUUCUGCAGGGUCCAGGAUCCCAAUUCUGGUCUGCCCAAAUAUGUCCUCAUCAACUGGACUGGAGAGGGAGUGAAGGACGCCAGGAAAGGAAUAUGUGCAAAUCAUGUCAGCUCCAUGGCCAAUUUUCUUAAGGGGGCCCACGUCACGAUAAAUGCCAGAGCAGAAGACGACGUGGAACCCGAGGCAAUCAUGCAAAAGGUGGCCAAAGCCUCAGGAGCGAACUACAGCUUCCACAAAGAAUCUUCCAGCCGCUUCCAGGACAGCGGUCCUCAGGGUCCUGUGGGCUCAGUGUACCAGAAGACCAACGCUAUGUCCGAAAUCAGGAAGACCAACAAAGACAACUUCUGGGCUCAGGCAGAGAAAGAGGAGGAGAAACGUCGCCUGGAGGAGCAACGCAAGGCCGAAGAGGAGCGCCAGAAGCUAGAGAAAGAUAGGAAAGACAGAGAGGCCAAGGAGGCUCUUCAGAGGGACAAAAGGGACAAGGAGAGAGCCACUCAAAUUGACCAGCAAAAGAAGUACCAGCAGCAGGUGGAGGCUGAGAGUAAAGAGCAGGAGAGACAACGCUGGGAGGAGCAGGAGGAGACCAAAGCAGCCCAGAAGAAAGCAGUCAACAGAGGUGAAUCUGUGGAAAAGGUCAACGAGGCAGCAUCUCUCAUUUCUCAGCGUGCUGUAAACCCCAGAGAGAUGUUCAAGCAGAGAGAGAGAGGAAUAACUCCGAGUGACUCUGACGUGCCCUCUGCAGCCCCUGCCAGCCCCCAGCCAGGGCGUCUGCAAAGUCCUUUUCUGUCUAAGACAGUGUAUGAAAGUGAGCGAUCCAGCUCACCUCAGCGCCAAGCUUCUCCUGUACCUGCAGGCUCCGCCUCUCCUGUCCAUGCCACAGAGCCUGAUGAGGCUGAUGGGCAGUCCAGGUGUGAGUAUGAUGAGCAGGAGGCAACACCAGAGGAGCCGCUUAAAGAGGAAGCGCCAGCUGCCAACUCCUACGUCCAAGAGCCGGCUUAUGAAGAGCCAGCUCAGGUGGAGGAGAAUAACUAUGAGGUGCCUGCUGAGGACACAUCAGACAGAGGCAUCUGUGCCAGAGCCUUGUAUGACUACCAGGCUGCUGAUGACACAGAGAUCUCAUUCGAUCCCGAUGACAUCAUCACCGGGAUCGAGAUGAUAGACGAGGGUUGGUGGCGAGGCUUCGGCCCAGCCGGCAACUUUGGUAUGUUCCCGGCCAAUUACGUGGAGCUCAUGUAGCCCAGCGCAGCUUUCCCACCCCCCCCACCGCCCCAGAUUAUCACACUGGCAGCCCUGGCAGAGGACCUCUGCAGUAAAACAACACACAGCAAAGUCAGCACCUGGCACACAAGUGAGCUGAACAGGCUGGAAUGGAGCAAACGAUCCUCCACACCAUGGACCAAUGAUCGGAUGGUAAUCGUGGGCCAGAAGUUUUUGAAAUCCCUCCUCAUUUCAAAAAGUAAUUCCAUUAAAUCGUUGAUGUUGUGACCAAAUGACAGGAUAGUUUAGGGAUUUGUGAAGACCCAAAGGCCGACCAAAACUCCCUCCCACUCGCCCCAAUGAUACAUCUUUACCUAUAAAUGUGAUGCAGUACAGUAUCAGCCUUUGUUAAGUCUUCAAUUCAAUUGUGAGCAUUAAUGGCACUUCUUGUUAGCAUUCCUUACAAAGUGACUUUGGUUCUAUUUCAGGUAUGAUUUUGUUGUAUUUGUAGCAAAAAUGCUCCUGUAUGUUUCAGGAGUUGAGGGGGGAAAAAAAUGAAAGAUGGUGGUACCAGCUACAGUAUAAUCUUUUGCCUUGCUUUUGCCUUCCUUUACCGGCAGACUGAAUUUUCCUGUUUUUUGUUUAUUUUUUUAAUGUGAUUGAACUUACAUCCUAUGUGAAUUUCAAACCAUGUUUUACUGAUCUGACUGUGGUUGAAGUGAAUAUUUAAAAAUAACAAAACAAAAAAAAAACAACAGAUGUUUGCUGUGCUGUGGGUGGCUGAUUUAAGUGGGGGGUGCAUAAAACGGUUCAGUUCCCUUUAAACUGUGAGUAUAGAACAGUUGUUUUCAUUUCAAGUCCUUCAUCAUCUGAACCAGGGACGAGCUGAAGAGAAGAAAUCAUAAUUCUAUGUAAUUUUUCUCCUUUUUUUGGAUCUCACUGGUCUGAGGUUGAUUUCUCUGAUAACUAAUAUGUGCUACGAUGGUGCCAUACUGAGGGGAAGUAAGUGCAGCGAUUGGUGGCAUUUUUAAUCAAACAUUUGAACAGUUUAACAGCAGAAGUUCAGGGUUUUAAUCAUGGUAAAAAAAAAGUUCUUGCUCUUUCAAGCUUUUAGGUCAGUCGACAAAAAGGAAAAAUGAAUCGAUCGUGAUUAGAAAAGGGCAUCGUCUUUUCCAACGCAUUGUUCAUGUUUUUGUUUCUCCAGAGUCUAUUGUACUGCACAGACAUUCUUCAUAAUAAAAUAAAUAAACAAGC